AUUUCUAGCAUUAACCUCCCUUAGUGAUUUGUUUUUAAAGAUUGUUGUUCGUCCCAUUUACGACUUUGCUCUGGGCCGUUCAUUUCUGCAUUGGAUCGCAUCCUUUUCCGCUUGGUUUUUAAAGUUUUAAGAAAGCGAAUGCGAGAUGUUAACUGAGCUUAUAUAAGAUCUCGCGUGCAGAUGCACUCAAAUACAAGCCUUUUGCUUAUCCUGUUUGUAUCAAACAUGGUUUCGUCAUAAUUUAAUUUAUUGGAAAUAAAAAUUGGAGGAGCCUCGGCGAACUCCGAUUAGAGUUCUACGAGCCUCCUCGUAGCAUCGAGGUCACUGUGCUGAGCAUAGUUUAUUACGUUCUGAUAGGAGAUAUCUUCCGGUCACAUUAUUCAACCCGCUAUUCAAAGAACAAUAGGUUUGUAAAGGUUUAUAAUACCCCGCCCAUGCACUAAACCUCAGCCUUUUACAGUUCGGAGAGGGUGUUUUGCACUGGCCUCAUUAAAACAGAGGGAGGGCGGGUGGGAGCACAGUUUAUUACUUUCUGAUAGGAGACUUCAAAGAUAGAGGACAAAAAAACACCCGAAAUUUGUCUAAGUAAGCAACACAACAUUAGAGUAAUAAGAAUAUGCGAGGAUAAUUAAAGUCCAUUAAAGAAAUUAAAGUCCACUAAGGUAAGUGAACGUCGCGAUAUCAGUACAACACAAUCUUGAGUUAUUCAGGGUCAGUGACGCAGGCGGCCAAUAUUCGUGAAACUGUGCAUUUGGAAAGAAAGAAUUUGAGCGAAAGUAAUGGCGAUUAAAUGUUUUAGCAGAAGACCAGUCACCAGCCGAAAGAAUGGCGUCCAAAGGAGCGUUACAGGCAACUGCUUUCGAGGCAGCAGCACCGCGUACACUGUGUGCACUAAAAAGGCUUGUAUCAAUUCCAGCCUGUUGAAGAACACCACGAAUCCAUCGGGCAAUAGUGUCUGUGGUAACUGGUUUAUGAGGUGGGACGUAGCUCAGGAAUAGACGGUUCUCUAAUUCAAGUUGAUCGAUAGAUUGACGGAAGUGUUCGGUUUUGUCAAGAUAUAUUUGAAGCAACUUAGCGUGCCGAGAGGGUCUUCUUCAUUUAAACUUGGCAAGGUAAUCAAGAAAUAUGGCCUUUUGCGCUUGACCUUCAGUUCAUCGAAAAUGUAUAUAUAUGUUGCCGAUUCGUCAAACUUGAUGUUCCUGGAAUCAAUCAAAGAAAUAGUGUGAACCCUUUGGACUGAUAACCAUGUAAGUAAAGUUGCCAGUUUCAUUGUAAUGUCACGUAAAGACGAGUUAUCAUCAAUUUUCCAUUCUCGUAAAAAUAUAAGUAAGUCACGAGCAUUCCAGUUUACUGGGUAUUUAGGCAUAGGCUUUCGCAGGUUUCUAACCCCUUGCAUAAAUCUCGAAAUUAGUGGAUGUUCACCGAGCUUAUUUUCAGCUACAGAUAGCGUAACAGAUAAUGCACUGCGAGCCUUAUUGAUCUGGGAGUAGCUGAGUCCCUAGUCGUGAAGAUACGUCAGAAAUGCUAGUAGUUAGUACAAAGUGGGCGGAGAUAUAGUGAAGUUUCUUUCAUUGCAAAAUACAAACCACUGUUUGAGAAUUGACUCAUAAUUUUUCUGGGUGUUUUCCCUCCAGCUUGCCUUGAUAACUUCGAUAGUUCGUUGAGAAACUUCGUUCUGUACAAGCUGUUUGUCGAUAAUUUGCAAGCCACCAAGGUCAUCUUUGGGAAAAGUGGGUGGACUAGGUUCGGUUGGCCUGGACAGCUAAGCAGGGAGGGAAAAGAAGGAAUUUCUAUUGGAAAGUCAAUUAACAUGUCAGUAAGGUGUGGAAACCACGGUUGACUUGGCCAAAAGGGACAAACAAGCAGAACAACGCAAGGUUCAUGUAGAAUUUUAUUAAGUAAUUUGCUUAUCAUAUUGAAAGGUGGAAAGGCAUAGCCAAAAAGACCGUGCCAUGAUUGAGAGAAUGCAUUAACAGCACCACAAAAAGGGUCAGGUCGCCAUGAAAAAUAAUUAGCGAGUUUGCUGUUUAACCUUGAGGCAAACAAGUCAACCGACGGCUGGCCAAACGUGUCACAAAUGGCAGAAAAAACAUCAUUAUGUAGACUCCAUUCAAUGUUGUCGGUAAAAUCUCGAGAGAGCCUAUCAGCAGCAAUGUUUUCAACACCGGGAACGUGAGCUGCUGUUAUAUGAAUAUUUCGGUCAAUACAUCAAACCCAUAUUUCUUUACUUAAAUCAUUUAGGCGUUUGCUAUGACAACCUCCAAACUUAUUUAUGUAUGUAACUGCAGUUGUGUUAUCGCAGUUUAUUUUUACAGACUUUCUCUGCAGGUGCUUUUCAAAAGCUAGCAAGGCAAACUUGACGGCCUUCAAUUCUAAGCAGUUAAGCUUGGUUUCCACUAUGAGUUAACGUGAGUUAAUUUGAGAUAAUUUUGUGAUCCGAGUUGGUUUAAAAAUUAUCUCAUAGUGGAAACGCUCAUGAAAAAUUAUCUCAUGAAAAUUAACUCACGUUAUCUUAUGAGCUUGGAAACAAAAUUUUUUGAUUUCAAGCUCAUGAGUUAACUUGAGAUAACAUCUUAUCAAAAGAAGCCGAUGCGUGGGAGGGGAAGGUGCUAUAAUUUGCACUGAGGUUCUUACGCAACGCACUUGCACUGAGUAUUACUUUAGAUGUUGAAAACAGUUUUCUUUACUUAAAAAAAUUAAUUGUGAAAUAAGAGAAACAUUUUCUCAUUUCUAAGAUCCUGUUGCAAGUGGUCGUAUUCACCAAACGCAUAUCUUUUUUUGGUAGACUCUCCGUACAGAAAACCUUGGCGCAGAUCGCGAACGGCACUUCUAGCAAAAAAUAUUUUCCUUCUAAGUAUUCUCAAAAGCAGAAGUAAAAUAAGUUGUUCUUGUAAGACGCCCGCCAUAGCUGGAAGACUCAAAUAAAAUGUGAUUUCUGAAAUUUCAAUACUUAAUUCUAUCUCAAGUCGAAACCGAAUCGGUACAUGGGUUAAUUUUGAGAUAGCUCGCGUUAUCUCACGCUAUUUCACACUAUCUCAAGUUAACUUGAAUUUAGACCAUGAGUUAAUUUUCAAUUUAGCUCAGAAUUAUCUCACGUUAACCCAUAGUGGAAACCAAGCUUUAAUGUGAAGUUUUGUUUCAUUACAUGACCAGCGUCCUCCGGUAUUGGAAAUUGGUCGGCCUUGGGAGCAAAGUGUUGCACCCCAACCGGAGUUGCUAGCAUCAGAGAAAAUUUCAAUUUGCUAUUCAGAAAUACCGAUUAUCUCUUUAAUGAAACGUUCGUUGUUGGUGGAGACAUUUUGUUUCCACCACAUUAGUUCUUGACUAGAUUUUUCAUCAAGUGUUAUAAUAGCAUCGUAAGAGCUAUAGUCUUGUAAAGACUGUGUUUUAAGCAUUUCAAGACUUCGGUAAUGAAGCUGUCCGUGUUUUAUCGCCAUAAAUGAAGAAACUAAUAAACCGAUGAUUUGUGCUAAGCGUCUUAUAGAGGUACGAGAGACCCUAAGAAUUUUAUUACAAGAGUUAAUUAUUUUGGUGAUUUUUUCGUCUGGCAAUUAAACCAUUUGUGUAACAGAGUUUAUUCUGAACCCAAGGUGAACAAUUUCCACAGAGGGUUGUAGAGCUGAUUCCUCGUAAUUUAUCGUGAAUCCUAAGCUUUGAAGUAGACUAACAGCUCGUUGUGUGUUAGCAAUCGCCUCUUCAUACGAGUUGCUAAAAUAUAGGGGAGCGUCCAAAUAAUAUGUACAAGGUAUUCCCUCUUGGCGAAGCUUAGAAAAAACGGGCUUCAUAACUUUUGUAAAGUAAUAAGGAGCUAAGGAUAAUCCAAAGCAAAGGCACUGAAACUCGAGCAGCACGCCACGCCAUUGAAAGCGCAAGAAUUUUUUCGACUUUUCAGCCAUUGGCAAAGAGAAAUAUGCGUCAGUAAGAUCAAUCGAUGUCAUAAAUGCGCCCUUCCGAAUAAGAGGCAAGAUUGACGGUAAGUGUUCCAUUUUAAAAUGGAUUUUUUCUAAAUGUGAAUUAAGUCUCUUUAAAUUGAUUAUUGGUCUCAGUUUCCCAUUCUUUUUCGGGCGAACAAAGAUAUUUGAGAGGAACUGGCCCUCGGUUGGUAUAACUGAAGAAAUUGCUCCUUUUUGAUAUAAGAUUUUGAACUUCAGAGUCUAUCAACAGCAUUUCCUCUUGAGAGAAAUUCAUUGGCUGUGGGUGCGACUCGGCGAUAGGCGAUACGAACUUGAGCUCAAUGCCUUUGAUAAGGUUUAACACAAGUUUAUUAGAUGUGAUAUUACACCAGUUAGAAUAAAAAAGUUUCGUUUGUGCAGUUACCUGAUUUUUUAAUUCUUUAUCUGUUCUUGUGCAGGGCGUUGCUGUCGGCGGUGAAAUUUGCCCCUCCGGUAACUGGUGGAGGGGCCUUGCCAGUUUAAAGACUUGUUGCCUUCCGUAUUGUUGGUAACUGGAAGUGGAAUACUGCCUUGCUGCACCAUAAUUACGGCCUUGAGCUGGCCUGUGCGAUGACUUAAGCAUCAUUUGGCUCCUUCUGUCAUUUCCUUGACAGCAUCGGCGACUUUUCCUCCAAAAACUUUGCCAUUCAAAGGCCCUGGCUGGACUAUAGCCCAGUAACCCUCAGAUAUUCGGGAUUUGAUGGCAUAUCUACGGGAGUUGUGCACGUCUAAAAAGGCAUUCCCAAGAAAGGGAAUAACGUUCAUGAGAAGCUGAUUAAUGUUACUCAUAAACUCAUGAAUUGACAUGGGGCUUUGUUUUUGAGCAUUUAACAGCUCUUUUGCUCUGAUUGUCGCCGUCAUAGCCUUAGCAAUUUUGGCUUGUGCAGCCUGAAGAGAGAUAUCAGAGUGUUUCUGAUCCCUCGACAUACAUCGCCAGACAUCCUUGUCCAUAGAAGGAACUUGAAGGAACUGGCAAUUUCCCGGCAACGGAAAUCGCUGGCGAAAGGGAUCUAAAUCUUCCUUUUUUAUUUUCUUCCCUGUGCAUCCUUCAACAUAAGAUGCAAGGGAAGGUGAAAUAUCGGGCCCUUUUGGCUCAUCCCCUUCAUACGAUAUUUGGGGAAUGUCUUCGUCAACUAAAGCGACAGUUUUUGGUUGGAUUUUGACAUUUGCCAUGGCGAAAUCGGGAUCGGCGUACACUGGAUUGAAACCUGUGUCUACCGAUCCGAGGGAGAUAACUGUGUUUGAAUCAGGCGAAAAAACAGCCCCAUAAGGGGACGUGUUUACCACAUCCGACGAAAGCGCUGCAGAAAUUGGGACGUUUUGGAAAGACGUCCAAGGGGUUGCAACAUGAGCUGCAAAUUGGGCAGACUGAGCUGCAGAUGGCGCAGACUGAGCUGCGGUUGGAGCAGACUGAGCUGCGGUUGGAGCAGACUGAGCUGCGGUUGGAGCAGACUGAGCUGCGGUUGGAGCAGACUGAGCUGCGGUUGGAGCAGACUGAGCUGCGGUUGGAGCAGACUGAGCUACUGUACCUACGUUAGUUUUUUGAAUAUUUUUCCUCGUAGAGGAAAGAUCGAAAGAUCUCGCCAAAAUUAAUAAGGGCAUCUGAAACGCCUUUCACCUGGCUUUGCAAGUCAUCAAACUCUGACCUUGAGAUUGUUUUUCUUUUUCUUGAUCUCUGGUUGUUUUCGGCGUCAUCUGGCUUCGACUUCGCCGAAACGUCGUCUGGAGUAAGGUCCUCAUGUAGCAAAUUAUUUUCGUCGCAAUUCAUCUUGAGAGGGGAUGAAAGAUGCGCUCGAAAAAACUGAGGUUGAGUGCAUGGGCGGGGUAUUUUAAACCUUUACAAACCUAUUUUUCUUUGAAUAGCGGGUUGAAUCAUGUGACCGGAAGAUAUCUCCUAUCAGAACGUAAUAAACUGUGCUCAGCACAGUGACCUCGAUGCGAAGAGGAGGCGAAGUAGAAUGUCGAUUACGGUAAUAGAUUGCUUCUUUUAAUUUACUUACUCGGGAAUGAAAUACCAAUGCAACAUAAAGGGCAUAAAGCUCACUCAGAAAAACUGCCAUAGACAUCAGAAAGGUCAGUCAUGAGGCUACAUUCCCACAUCAUCGAGAGCGAAUUGGGCCGUUGGUGCAUCGGCGCAAAUCGCUCAACCUACCAUAUAGGGGUUACUAAGGGAAGUUACACAAUAACCCCCAAAUAUGAUUGAUAAUUGGGAUGGAAUGGACAGGAAAAGCCUCUUUUCCUCACUAAUAGCCGAUGCACCAGUCCUACCUAAUAGCAUCAGAAAACUCUAAGAAGCACAAAAGAUGCCUAAAGGUAUGAGAGGUUUUAACGAUGCCAUAAAAGAAACUUAACACGCAAAGUUCUACUGAAAAGGCACUUAGCAUAAAGAAACAAGAUGAGGGAGGGAGGGCUGGGAAAAUACAAUAAAACAGCCUAGUUGUAUUGUGGCUUCACCAAGCAAGAUGAGACCCACGCUAUGCCAAAACCUUAAAUACCCCUAGAUUAACCAAAGGAAUGAAAACUCCACGAAACACACAUCUUACCCUAGUUAUACAAAUCAAAUUCACAGGAGACCGAAAGACUACCCGCAUUGCCCAUAAACUAGUAGAGCAGAUACAAGAAAAACGCGAGGAAACGUGGCACAAGAAAACAUAACGAAAUAGUAAUAACAACAAUCUCAUGCGAUUUAGUUAACACUCAAAAGCCCCUCGUGAAAUUAACUCUGAUUAAAUUUCAUUUAAUCAUCAUGAAAUGAAUCUCAAAUUUUCACCAUUGUCCUUAUUUUUUCUCUGUACAAUAGCCUGAAACCUAGUCAGUAGCCUGGAACCUAGUCAGUUGCCCGAAACCUAGUCAGUGGCCUGGAGCCAUAUCAGUAGCCUGGAACCUAGACAGUAGCCCGGAACCUAGUCAGUGGCCUGGAGCCUAGGCGUAGCCUUAAGACAAGGCUGUACUCGAGAGCCAGGACAAUAGUUCUGCGCUUUGUUCCAAUUUCACUAACAUUUAUUUUGCUAGACUUAAGCUUUAAGAAGUCAAUCCUAUUUUAAUUGUUUCUUUUAUAGAAUAUUGAACUGGAAGUUAACAUCGAGCAGCUGAAAAAAGAAUUAGGUGAAAAGCAAAGCUUCGUAAGUCAUUUUAUCGCGAGGAUUUUCCUAUAGGUUCCUACUUAAACUUUGGCUAUUAUGUCAGCUGGUAUUCUUGCACCAUUUUGUAUCAAUAAAUUUAUUGCUUUUUGCCUUUGUUUUAGAAUCUUAUCCUAUAAAGUUAGACCUUUUAGUUGGGACAUCCUAGUUAAUUAGAAUUUUAAUACGCCUUUUUGUAAACAGCACCCCAGUCCCGAUUAAGUCUUAGUAAAAUAAGAGACAAACCUCUUGAAAGACCUUUUAGCUUAAAGAAAUAUGCAGGUUGUGAGUAUAUUGCAAGCUAGCUGAACAUAUUGUGAAAGGGUUUUUGAAAUGCUGUUUAGGGUCUCCUUACGGGGGAUAGACAGAGAAGAGCGUGAGUGGAUGAUGUGAAAGAUUAAAUGAACAUUAGGGACAACGGUACCCCUAAAAGAAUGGCUACAGACUUUAGAAGUUGUUCGGGAGAUGAAUCAUACCCGUCUCCCAGACAUGCACUAGUCCCCGUUUCAUGGUCAUUGCACAUGCAGAUUUUCACUUGAAGCCCUAGCUUCAAGUGUGUGGUCCCUGAGUUGUGUGGUCCCAGACAGAACAGCUGUACGAUUACUGUUAUUGAUGCGCAUGUGCUAUGACCCUGCAACACUGAUUGGUUUAGGACGGUAUUGUUUCGAAACAAAGGACUGCAGGUUUCGUCUCCCGAACAAAAUGAAAAGCAUGGUUAUCGAUCUUCUAUGCACCUAGAUGCUACUAUUAAUGAUCAGUGAAUGAAUCGAUAAAUCUAUGAACAGACAAAUCGAUGAAUUCGAGAGUCAGUUUUUGGUUGGCCGUUAUUGUUGCCAAGUCGUGCUUGUCUUGUGGAUAUUGGGGGCAUUAACUAAUCAGAUCUUUAAAUGGGAAAGAUCAUUUUUCCCACAGCCUGUUGCUUAUAUUUUUUGCCGAGGAAUGCACAAAUUAGCCUAUACAUUUUCUAUGCAUUUUCAAGAUCUGCUAUUUAAUUAACUUAUAAGAAGCCUUAUCCUCGAAAAGUAUAGAAAUUUGGAUCGUUUUGUCUGUUAGGCUAUGGUAACUGGCAAUAAUGAAGUCCCUUUCAUGUGUUCCAAGUAUAUUUUUUUCCUUUCUUUUUUUUGGAAUUCCAGAAAAGCAAUAGAAACUAUCACAAUCGAAAGUGAGAAGCACAUUCAGAAGGGACUCUGUUACGUUAGGCCGACAUCAAUGGCGCUGUAAACGACAGAUUCACAGCAAAGAUACUGGACGCGACGGAGCAAUUAACAUUCCAUUGAUUGACACCAGAUAAAAUUCUGUUGUUUUGAACAGUCAACAAUGUGUUAAGUGCUGCUGUGGCAAGUCCUGCAAAGGGAUCAAAGGCCUCCGCAUUCAUCAGAUAAAUUGUAAGGUUUUUAAAGGGCUUGGCGAAGCGCAAAUGCAUGAAAUUGUGACUGAUGAUGAUCUGGAUACCAAUGACAACCCUGAUGUGCCUCUUGAGGAAUAUUUUGAAAUAAAGCCAGGAAUUCGCCUACCUAGUUCUGACAAUGAAUGGUUACUCGCCAACUCGUAUUUUUAAUUUCGAUUUAUGAUUAUUUUCGGGACACAUGUGGUGUGAUUGAAAACUGCAAACAAAGGCCUGUCUACAAAAUACAAGGACCAUUCAAUCAAAAGCUUGAAAAAACAAUUAAAGGCUCUUAAAUAUUCUAAAGCCCCCAUUAUUGAAAUUAAAUACGUAUCUGGACUUAUUCGAAAGAAGCUCAAGACAAACAUUCUACAAACAAAUACUUCUGACACAAUUGAUCAUGAUAAAUACAUCGCUAAAAAUUUCUGGAGUUACGUCAAACGCUUUUUUCAAAGUAAGUCAUCACUUCUGCCAUCAUUUUCUGCUACACGGUGCACCGAGUACUUUAGUAAUACUUGUUCUUCCUUAAUCCAAAUAAACUAUUCACUAUUCCUUCUUGGAAACGUUCUUUUGAUGAACCAUCCUAUCCAUUUGACACACAACCUCCAUCAUAUCAAGUGCUAACUUCUGUUAUGCGUCGCAUGAAAUCCUCCACUUCUCCCUGUCCCCUUGAUAAGAUAUCCAUCCUUUGUUUCAAACGUUGCUCUUACCUACGAUCUUUCCUCACCAAAAUUAUUCAUAACAUUUGGGUAUCUGGCGAUGUUCCAUCCGAAUAGAAAGAAGCAUCAACGAUAUUGAUCUACAAAAGAGACCCUACAGAUGAUCCUUCUAACUAUAGACCAAUAACCUUAGAAUCUGUUCCUUUGAAAAUCUUCACCUCCUGCCUACGCAACUCUGUUUUCAACUUUCUGAAACAAAAUGGUUUCAUUGAAAGCCAAAUUCAAAGAGGCUUCACUCCCAAGAUAUCAGGUACUUUAGAACACACGGCACUUAUGGGUCAUAUGAUAAAUUUAGCUCGCACAAAACAGCGCUCUAUUCUGACGUUUUAUGCUCUGAGGAGUGUCAGACGAAAAAGCUUUAAGUAUGUUGUAAAAUGUUUGCUUUUUUCAAAGCCAUUUUCAAAUUCUGUACCGCUCUUUGGUUGUUACCCUGCUUGAUCUCAAAAAUGCUUUCGGCGAGGUCCACCAUAAUUUGAUUCCCACUAUUCUUUCGUACCAUCAUAUACCAUCUCAUAUUUAGGCUCUGGUCUCCAGCUUAUAUGUUAUAACGUAAUAAACUGUGCUCAGCACAGUGACCUCGAUGCGAAGAGGAGGCGAAGUAGAAUGUCGAUUACGGUAAUAGAUUGCUUCUUUUAAUUUACUUACUCGGGAAUGAAAUACCAAUGCAACAUAAAGGGCAUAAAGCUCACUCAGAAAAACUGCCAUAGACAUCAGAAAGGUCAGUCAUGAGGCUACAUUCCCACAUCAUCGAGAGCGAAUUGGGCCGUUGGUGCAUCGGCGCAAAUCGCUCAACCUACCAUAUAGGGGUUACUAAGGGAAGUUACACAAUAACCCCCAAAUAUGAUUGAUAAUUGGGAUGGAAUGGACAGGAGAAGCCUCUUUUCCUCACUAAUAGCCGAUGCACCAGUCCUACCUAAUAGCAUCAGAAAACUCUAAGAAGCACAAAUAAUGCCUAAAGGUAUGAGAGGUUUUAACGAUGCCAUAAAAGAAACUUAACACGCAAAGUUCUACUGAAAAGGCACUUAGCAUAAAGAAACAAGAUGAGGGAGGGAGGGCUGUGAAAAUACAAUAAAACAGCCUAGUUGUAUUGUGGCUUCACCAAGCAAGAUGAGACCCACGCUAUGCCAAAACCUUAAAUACCCCUAGAUUAACCAAGGGAAUGAAAACGCCACGAAACACACAUCUUACCCUAGUUAUACAAAUCAAAUUCACAGGAGGCCGAAAGACUACCCGCAUUGCCCAUAAACUAGUAGAGCAGAUACAAGAAAAACGCGAGGAAACGUGGCACAAGAAAACAUAACGAAAUAGUAAUAACAACAAUCUCAUGCGAUUUAGUUAACACUCAAAAGCCCCUCGUGAAAUUAACUCUGAUUAAAUUUCAUUUAAUCAUCAUGAAAUGAAUCUCAAAUUUUCACCAUUGUCCUUAUUUUUUCUCUGUACAAUAGCCUGAAACCUAGUCAGUAGCCUGGAACCUAGUCAGUUGCCCGAAACCUAGUCAGUGGCCUGGAGCCAUAUCAGUAGCCUGGAACCUAGACAGUAGCCCGGAACCUAGUCAGUGGCCUGGAGCCUAGGCGUAGCCUUAAGACAAGGCUGUACUCGAGAGCCAGGACAAUAGUUCUGCGCUUUGUUCCAAUUUCACUAACAUUUAUUUUGCUAGACUUAAGCUUUAAGAAGUCAAUCCUAUUUUAAUUGUUUCUUUUAUAGAAUAUUGAACUGGAAGUUAACAUCGAGCAGCUGAAAAAGGAAUUAUGUGAAAAGCAAAGCUUCGUCAGUCAUUUUAUCUCGAGGAUUUUCCUAUAGGUUCCUACUUAAACUUUGGCUAUUAUGUCAGCUGGUAUUCUUGCACCAUUUUUGUAUCAAUAAAUUUAUUGCUUUUUGCCUUUGUUUUAGAAUCUUAUCCUAUAAAGUUAGACCUUUUAGUUGGGACAUCCUAGUUAAUUAGAAUUUUAAUACGCCUUUUUGUAAACAGCACCCCAGUCCCGAUUAAGUCUUAGUAAAAUAAGAGACAAACCUCUUGAAAGACCUUUUAGCUUAAAGAAAUAUGCAGGUUGUGAGCAUAUUGCAAGCUAGCUAAACAUAUUGUAAAAGGGUUUUUGAAAUGCUGUUUAGGGUCUCCUUACGGGGGAUAGACAGAGAAGAGCGUGAGUGGAUGAUGUGAAAGAUUAAAUGAACAUUAGGGACAACGGUACCCCUAAAAGAAUGGCUACAGACUUUAGAAGUUGUUCGGGAGAUGAAUCAUACCCGUCUCCCAGACAUGCACUAGUCCCCGUUUCAUGGUCAUUGCACAUGCAGAUUUUCACUUGAAGCCCUAGCUUCAAGUGUGUGGUCCCUGAGUUGUGUGGUCCCAGACAGAACAGCUGUACGAUUACUGUUAUUGAUGCGCAUGUGCUAUGACCCUGCAACACUGAUUGGUUUAGGACGGUAUUGUUUCGAAACAAAGGACUGCAGGUUUCGUCUCCCGAACAAAAUGGAAAGCAUGGUUAUCGAUCUUCUAUGCACCUAGAUGCUACUAUUAAUGAUCAGUGAAUGAAUCGAUAAAUCUAUGAACAGACAAAUCGAUGAAUUCGAGAGUCAGUUUUUUGUUGGCCGUUAUUGUUGCCAAGUCGUGCUUGUCUUGUGGAUAUUGGGGGCAUUAACUAAUCAGAUCUUUAAAUGGGAAAGAUCAUUUUUUCCACAGCCUGUUGCUUAUAUUUUUUGCCGAGGAUUGCACAAAUUAGCCUAUACAUUUUCUAUGCAUUUUCAAGAUCUGCUAUUUAAUUAACUUAUAAAAAGGCUUAUCCUCGAAAAGUAUAGAAAUUUGGAUCGUUUUGUCUGUUAGGCUAUGGUAACUGGCAAUAAUGAAGUCCCUUUCAUGUGUUCCAAGUAUAUUUUUUUUCCUUUCUUUUUUUUGGAAUUCCAGAAAAGCAAUAGAAACUAUCACAAUCGAAAGUGAGAAGCACAUUCAGAAGGUAUGUGUAUCGACGUCAUAAAAUCAGAUUAUGGAAGUAACACCAGAUCUCGUGUCUAUAAUAUUUAUUGCCAGGCUUGAGUGUAGGUUGCUGACUGCCUCACUUUGUAUGAAAUAGUGUCUUCAGUGUAUUCACGUUUUAAUCGCAAGGAAUAACCCAGCUACAGAAGGUAACAGUGAAAGGCAACAGCAUGGUCUAUGAAAUUUCCUUUAUUUGAAACGUAGAGCGGUCGCGUGCGGACACUGCUGUACACGGCUCCGGUUUAACUUCGUUUAUCAAGUCUGGAUUUAUUUGUUUCUAUAAAUUGUUUCAGUCAAUCGAUUAAUAACGGUUAAAGGACUUUGGAAAGACAUGGUUCGAUCUUAUAUUAUCUCAAUUCUCAUUCUAUUUACCAUUUUUUCGUUUUAUGGAAGGGACUCUGUUACGUUAGGCCGACAUCAAUGGCGCUGUAAACGACAGAUUCACAGCAAAGAUACUGGACGCGACGGAGCAAUUAACAUUCCAUUGAUUGACACCAGAUAAAAUUCUGUUGUUUUGAACAGUCAACAAUGUGUUAAGUGCUGCUGUGGCAAGUCCUGCAAAGGGAUCAAAGGCCUCCGCAUUCAUCAGAUAAAUUGUAAGGUUUUUAAAGGGCUUGGCGAAGCGCAAAUGCAUGAAAUUGUGACUGAUGAUGAUCUGGAUACCAAUGACAACCCUGAUGUGCCUCUUGAGGAAUAUUUUGAAAUAAAGCCAGGAAUUCGCCUACCUAGUUCUGACAAUGAAUGGUUACUCGCCAACUCGUAUUUUUAAUUUCGAUUUAUGAUUAUUUUCGGGACACAUGUGGUGUGAUUGAAAACUGCAAACAAAGGCCUGUCUACAAAAUACAAGGACCAUUCAAUCAAAAGCUUGAAAAAACAAUUAAAGGCUCUUAAAUAUUCUAAAGCCCCCAUUAUUGAAAUUAAAUACGUAUCUGGACUUAUUCGAAAGAAGCUCAAGACAAACAUUCUACAAACAAAUACUUCUGACACAAUUGAUCAUGAUAAAUACAUCGCUAAAAAUUUCUGGAGUUACGUCAAACGCUUUUUUCAAAGUAAGUCAUCACUUCUGCCAUCAUUUUCUGCUACACGGUGCACCGAGUACUUUAGUAAUACUUGUUCUUCCUUAAUCCAAAUAAACUAUUCACUAUUCCUUCUUGGAAACGUUCUUUUGAUGAACCAUCCUAUCCAUUUGACACACAACCUCCAUCAUAUCAAGUGCUAAAUUCUGGUAAGCGUCGCAUGAAAUCCUCCACUUCUCCCUGUCCCCUUGAUAAGAUAUCCAUCCUUUGUUUCAAACGUUGCUCUUACCUACGAUCUUUCCUCACCAAAAUUAUUCAUAAAAUUUGGGUAUCUGGCAAUGUUCCAUCCGAAUAGAAAGAAGCAUCAACGAUAUUGAUCUACAAAAGAGACCCUACAGAUGAUCCUUCUAACUAUAGACCAAUAACCUUAGAAUCUGUUCCUUUGAAAAUCUUCACCUCCUGCCUACGCAACUCUGUUUUCAACUUUCUGAAACAAAAUGGUUUCAUUGAAAGCCAAAUUCAAAGAGGCUUCACUCCCAAGAUAUCAGGUACUUUAGAACACACGGCACUUAUGGGUCAUAUGAUAAAUUUAGCUCGCACAAAACAGCGCUCUUUGGUUGUUACCCUGCUUGAUCUCAAAAAUGCUUUCGGCGAGGUCCACCAUAAUUUGAUUCCCACUAUUCUUUCGUACCAUCAUAUACCAUCUCAUAUUUAGGCUCUGGUCUCCAGGUUAUAUUCGGGCUUCAAGACCUCUAUCCUCACAGAUACAUUCCAAACCCCUACCAUUCCCGUUUGUCGUGGUGUUCUUCAAGGUGACUGCCUCAGCCCUCUUAUCUUUAAUCUAUGCUUCAAUACGUAUAUUCAAUACAUAAAAGCAGAAACAUAUAAACAGCUUGGCUUCUCUCCCCACGACGAAAACGAUCGCAUGUUCCAGCCAGUGCAUUGGUUCCAAUUUGCUGAUGAUGCUGCGGUUGUUACUAGUGAUGAAAAGGAGAACCAGCUCCUGUUAAACUGCUUUACAAGAUGGUGUCAGUGGGCAAACGUUUUAAUAAGGGUUGAUAAAUGUGUCACCUUUGGCAUUAAUAAAUAUUCAACAAGAUCUCUUCAGUUCCAGCCAAAGCUUUUCGUGGACAACCAAAGCGUGCCUGUUGUUAAAAAUGGAGAAUCUUUCAAAUACCUUGGCCGCUACUUUGACUUCGAAAUGACCAAUGGCAGUCAUAAAGAAAAACUGCUAUCAAUGUUUCCCAGCCUUUUGAAAGAAAUUGAUGACAUGCCUCUGCAUCCUAAAAAUAAACUUCUAUUGUACUACAGAUAUGUAUUGUCCAAAGUUUCUUGGCACUUCACUGUUGCAGACGUAUCGAAGACCUGGGUCAUUGAGAACCUCGAUAAUCUUGUCUCUAAAUACAUUCGCCAGUGGCUUAAUCCUCCCAUAAAUGCUACUUUAACUAGUAUAGUUCUUUCUUCUGUCAAAUUCACUCAAUGCCAAACUGUUUCACGCAAUGCCCUCCGAACUUCUCCUAACACAAACAUUCAAGCUUUAUGGAAAAACACCAGUAGUGGGAUGAAUCUGCAAUACGACAUUUACCGUAACACCAAAGAUGUACUGAAAGCAGUAAAAUCAGACAGUAGAGAGCGCUUGGCACACCAAUUACUAUCCCAGGGUGCUAUUAUUUCAUUUCUGUUGGACCACUCUCUUAAAAAGCUCAAUGGUCUUUGGUCUGUUGUGCAGAGCAACCUACCCACGAACAUCUUCAACUUCACCAUCAAGUACCUGAACAAUACUCUCCCUACGCGCAAAAAUCUAAGCCUUUGGAACCUAAGCCAAUCAUCUGAUUGCGAAUUCUGCCUUCUUCCCGAAACUUUACUCCAUGUCGUUGCAGGCUGCAAAGUUUAUCUCGAACAAGGUCGUUAUACCUGGCGUCAUAAUUCUGCUCUAAAUUUUCUUGCAACCUCCUUGAAAGCAAUAGAGGGAUCCUCUCUUUUUGCCGAUAUACCUGGCUUCUCCUCACCAUCCAUCAUAACUGGAGACAAUCUGCGCCCAGAUCUACUUCUGCGUACAAAGGAAAACAUUCUUUAUGCUUUGGAACUAACGAUAGGAUUUGAAACUAACCUUAACUGCAAUGCAGAAAGGAAACGUUUAAAAUAUGAUCGCCUUGUCUCAGAUCUAAGACCAAGGUUCAAAUCUGUCAUAUUUGAAAAUCUCUCCAUCAGCUCUCUUGGCAUCUUCGGCGACUCAUGCAGCUCAUUCCUUGAAAUGUGUGACUCUCUUUCCAUCGAUGAUCAACACAAACGAUAUCUCAUUUCUAAGCUUUCUACGAUAUCCAUUCGUACCACCUAUUACAUUUUUUGCUGUAGAAACAAAACAUGGACUAACCCAGAGCUACUCCCCUUUUAACGUUAUUUUUUCUUUUCUCUUUUCUACGAUUAUAAUAGUCUUAUUUUGUAAAAACAGGCUAGCCAGUUACAAAUUACCUUGCAAUAGUGAGAUUUGUAGUUGUAAUUUAAACUGGAAUUCAAAAUGAAAAGUUUCCAUAUCAGAUGUUCGGCUGCCUUUUCGAGAAGUUUUUGCAGAAUUGUUGGUUUAUUAGCAUUUGUGCCUGUGACAUCUAUAGAUAGGAUUACCAUGUCAGUUGUUAUUGUUUUUAAAUACUCUGCUACAACAGUCAGAAAGACCGUAUAAUGCAGCUAAGGAAUUCUACCCGAACUUCCCAAAUCGAAUGUGCAACAUGAUUGCGUUUUGACUUCAGUCUGGAUUUGAUUUGUAGUCUUACUGGCUCUGUAGCCGUGAGAAAGAUCAGUUGAAAUUAUGAUAAUUUAAAUUGCGAAAAUAUGAUACAAAUAACAUGACCCCAAGAUAUUUUUUACAACUGUGUUGUUAAGAAGCAUCCCUUUAGAGAAAUAAAGAUGGCUUUUCCAUUUUCCAGAUGCUGUUUGUUCUUUAACUGCGGAAAUAACAUUCCGUACUUUUUAUCGAGUAGAACCUGUCCUGGAAUAAAAGCUCCAUUCAGCAAUGGGCAACUUCACUUUUAAAACAGGGGAUAGUUAUUGGUUAAGAGUCAUUGAAGAGAUAAGGUUCAUUACAUAUACCUUUGCCAAAAAAGUAACGAAUGGUUUCGGAUUAGAGAAAAAUCAUUUUACCGUCUCGAAUUAUUUAUCAAGUUAAAGGCAUCGAGUUAUGAUAAAUAGACUGGGUAUACCCUAAGUGCCAAAAUCCGCUGAGUCAUGAUUUCCAUGACUGCGAUGCUAUUGGUUGACCUUGAACUGGUCACAUGAACUCACCUCGUACUGAUUAACAUAACAGUUUCCAUCAAUAGCAAGUUGUCAACAACGGAUGCCAAUAUCACAUGAAACAGCAGCGAUCACGCCGAAACCAAACGACCCUCUAUGGAGAAAGCCUAUUUACCACGACUCAAUGCCUUUAAGCAUAAGCCUGUGUUUAUUCUAUCAUUAUCGUAUCACUGUCGGCGUAUUCUAAGUUUCAAAAGUAAGUAGAAGAUAGAAACUAUGAUUGAAAAAAAAAUAUAGUAGACAGUGGCUUAAGGGGUUAUUCCUUAAAAAGAUAAUGCUGAAAAAGAUUGGUAAGAGAAAUUUGCAGAUAAUUUGUUACCAAUUUUCAGAUAAAAGACGAAUUCACAGACCAGUAUGAUCAAAUGCGCGAUGAGUUGCAGAAGGAAAUCGACCUCAAAGCUAAGGUGUGACAGUUUUAUAACUUUAUCACUUCAGACUUUUGUCUGUAACUUCUCAUGAUUAGACAAUGUCUGUACGACGGUCGAAACCCUGUUACUUUUAUCUAUACCCAGGUUUGAAUCAAAAGAUAAAACACUAUUGGUUGAGCUGUACCCUUUCCAUUAUCAAAUCAUCCACUUACUGUGGCUUUUGCAUACAAAUUGCCUGUAUUUUGAAUUCUGUUGAUAAAAAGUUGCUCUAUGCUGUACUGAUGUUUUUUACAAUCUUUUUCAUGUGAUUUAUCAUAUUUUGUACUUUAUGAUUUCUUAAAUUUUUGAAAUACUAAUUUGCCUAUUCAGAACAAUUGGGCGAAUUUUCUCUAAACCUCUAUUUUUGAUAAACGCAUUCCCUUCAAAAUUCUCAUUGAAUAUUGACAUAGAAAUUGAAUAUUAACAUGAAAGGAUUUUAUUUUUGCCACAAUGCCCAACUUUUCUGGCAUGCACCAACUUGUUGCAAAUUGUAGCAAUGCUUCGAUUCUCGUUGCUUCGUCGUCUUUGCUAAGACGUGUCAUACCCUCAGAUAUAAACAAUUCAAAGCAAUUGGAGACUUCUUUUUCGGCAUGGCCUUUUGGGUCAUCAAUUUCCAAUAAUGAUUUGAAGAACUCAAGUUAAACUCCAUAAUAACGUUGAGGCGUAGACGAACUGUUUCAUUGUAUACUAGCUCCUGUAUAAGGAUCUGCUUGUUGUUAACUGUAAUUGGCUCUGUGGACGAUCAAUGACAAGCAUUGAUUACCUGCCAAUGGGUUUUAGACCUCUGUUCAUUUUCCAAGAUUAAAUCAAUGGCAGCCUUUCUUUUAGCAUCUUCUAGCUUUUCUAUUAAAUUUAAAAAUAUUUCUGCAGAAGCACACAUUGGGAUGUCGUGCUUAUUUAACUGUGACAUUAUUUCUGCAUUGUCCUUUCCAAGUUAUGACAAAAUAAUUGGUUUGGUCAGUUUAGGAAAAACGGCGAUCAGUCCAUUUUGUACGAUGGUGUGCAUCAAAUGAUACCGACAAGCUGGAACAGAACGAUUUUUGUACUGUCCUUGAUUGCCAGCAAACUGGUCAUGUUUCCUACGAAAACCCAUUUUUGAUCUCGUCCCAGGCCAAAUUAAAAUACUUUUAUCUUCCUUGCUCCGGCAUCUAAACCUUCCUCAUUUUUGAAGGAAACUUCUAGACUUUUCUUCAACGAACUAAUGCUAAUGUCGUUAACCUUCUUCUUGUAAAAUUGCAUAACAUCUAGCCAUAUUGUAUCUCUGUCUUUCUCAACAUCCUCAUAUUCUGGCGAAACGGUGUUCUUUAGAAGCUCUUCUAGCAAUGUUUCAAGAGAAGCAUUGGACGAAAAUUUUCUUCGUUUAUUUGUGCUGGCUUCUUCUGCUGGGGUUUCCAACAGCUCUGAUACCGCCUCUUCUAUGGAUAUAAUGCUAAUUACAGCCAAACUUAUUUGGCUUGAGCUGUGUUCUGGAAACAUUUGUUUUAAAGUUUUUUCCAUUCAUCUUUUUUGCUUUCUCUUUUGCACAAUACCCUCAUUUCAAACUUCCAUUUUUGCUUGAAUCAUCUCCAUUUUUGCUUGAGAGCUCUUCAUCACUGCUGCUGUCUUCGACGUCUCUUAUGGGAUCUUCUGCGGACGAAGUUCCUGCCAUGCACUCCUCUAGAUGUUUUCUCGUGUUCAUUAAGGGCACCUCCGUAUGACAGUACCUGCAUUAACCUCUAAUUGCAUCAUCUGUUGCUGUGAUCACUUUCGACAGUGAUAGGCUUGACUGCAUGGGUCUUACAUAAAUUAUGGUAUUUUCGCCAAUACUGUCUUUCAAAUGUUGCAAAUUGUAGCCAUAGUGACAUAGGGAUUGGGCUCAAAUCACAAUUCGUACCACCCCUUUCAGCCCUGAGCAUUUCAAAUGCACCAGCUUGGCUUUUAAGAUUUGGAAAAACGGUCUCCGGGACUUUCCGAGCUUUGCCAUGACUUGCAUUCUUGCCAUCGAACCGUACACUUCUUUUACCUAUCCCUGCUUCUUUUAAUUUAAGUAGCCUUGCCGUACAUGGUGUCUUCCCUCUGUUGGCUUUGCAAGGAGACAGAAGUCGCGAGUCCAUGUUUCCUUGCGUUUAAUGAAAACGUAUUGCUGGGACUUUUCUUUUCUUCUUGACGUAGCUGCUUGUCGUGAGCCACCAUAACCGAUAUUUAGGAACGCUCUCCGAUGAAGAUACAAUCGUUCCGUCGCAUAAAAUUAAAGUUGGUACAUGUUUGUUAUUUCUAAGGAUUUUUUAAAAAUUUCAAAUAUCCACUCAAUGGUAUUUCCCCUAACACUCUCUAUCAAAUGUUGUUAUAAACAUAUAUCUAUUUAUAUCCAGUUUCUUAAAGUGGAAAAUUAACAAUCGCAAUGAUGAUUAUAUUCUUUUCAUGGUAAUUGGUGGUAGUCGAAAUCUUUUCUGAUCAGGCUGUCCAGAAGAAAAGACGCAAAGAGGUAGUGCCAUUUGAAAUUAUGGCGUUCUACAGAGCAAGUUUUUGAAAUUUUUCUUUUAAAGGCAAGCUGAGCUUUCCUUCCUAACCCCCAUCCUGGCCUGUAUUGCGUGAUGUUCAGAUAGCAUGACAUCCCUCACCUUCUUUUUCACAUAGAAGUCCCUUUAGCUUCUAAAAGCAGGCACGAUGCCACUGGGGGAUGAGACCACCCCCACUUAUUUAGAAAUAUAAAUUUUUGACCGUCUUUUUUAUUAUUUUUGAAAACUGUGCAAGAAAUAAAAAGAGAACAAAAUGCUUUUAUACUCUUUCUUUCCAAGGAUCUUGUCCUUGCAGGACGUUGAUUGUCAUUGAUCUCCACAACUCUCGAUCUCUAGAUGUUGUGCACUGCUUGUUUUAUUUGAUCUAUCAACUAAGGGAGGAUGGCAUUAUUUCAUAUUUCACGAUGAUAUCUUGCAAUUAUUUCAUAUUUCAAAAUUAACAAAGCAAAAUAUUUCGAAAUUGUCGAAUGUUCCAUUCUGCCUUCAGGUGUCACGGAAAGUUGGACCGACUCACAUACAAAAUUGACUGAGUAUUCAAAAUCAAUCUUUGCAGCUACGAAUAUUGAAAAUGUAUAAAGAAUAAGUGCAUAAAAAAUAAAAAAGAAUUCCGUACUUGGGUAAAAAUAUUAAUUCAUUAUCUUUGAACUGUGGAAUCUUUGUUUGCUCAACUUAUUUUUUUGGGAACAACUAAAAAGAAACUCGAAAAACAUACAUGUACCAAAACAGUUUUUGAAAACUGAUAGUCUUAAGUUUUUGGCCUAGCCCCCGGAAAAUUUUUUGGGUGACCACGCCCUCUGGUCUUUCGGAAAUGCCCAUUCUGAGCAUACAGAGACCCGUAUAGCUUUUAUACCGAAAAAAGUUACAUUUAGCGCAAAGCUGUCACCGUUCCUGUCGUUUUAUCAGUAAAUAAUACUGACUCUAUGUUUUCAACUUGCAAACAAAUAACAAUGCAAACUGAUGUAGGCUAGUCACUGGAUGCACUUAAAUAAUAUACAUUUAAAAAUCUCUUUGGCUUUCUCUCUGUAAACAAGGGCCUAAAUUUAUGUGAUGUAUUGACUUGAUAUGAAUUUAUCAAAUGAUAUACCUUGAUUUCUAACAUGCUAAAUGGUGUUAACAAUAGAUUGGACGAUUUUACGUGCUGAAAUGAGGUUAGUUCCCUGUUUCGUGUUUUUUCCUUGUUGUUUUUGAAGAUUUCCCUAUUUGACCCAAACAGCGAUUUCCCUAUUUGACCCCGAGCGCGUCGAUCACUCAGCUGAUUUAUUUUGAGAAAUCUUAUAACCUUGGUGCAGGAUGUUUGAAACUUGGAUUGAUAUAAAGAGAGUGUGUAUUUUUCUUUGCGAUUACUACCUUUUGCUAUUUACUUUGAAUUAAAACGGUGCUUUUUUAACGAGUUUUGUCUAUUUGCUCCCGUAGCUACGGAGCCAAGCCUCAAGCUAACGUAGAAGCAAAACAUUGCGAUUUAUACUGCUAAAAAUUACCGUAGUUGAAUUAACCGAUUCUGAGGUUUGUUUUGAGAUAUCAGUCCAAUAUUUGGAGUUAUUAACGAUUUCCCUAUAUGACGCAGAUUGUCUACAUGAUUCUAAAAAAUAGAUAUUUUAUAGACAGGGAAUUUUGCGUUACCAUCUAGCAGCCAGCCUAACCGAAGUUUUAAUAAUCAAGCCUUCCGAACCUUAUGGCAGAAGACCGGAAGUCACAUCCACGUUACAAGCUUUUUUGAUGGUACCAUCAGAUUUGAAAAAAUUCGCAUGUCACAAUUUUGCUGACCGUGCAUUUUUCAUGCUUCCAGUAAAGCGAUUUCUGGUCAAUUACCAGAAUGCUUCAAAGGCUUAAAAUGAUCAGUGGCCUUUAUUUCUAUGAUUUAAAUUUAUCAAGUUUGAAAAAAACAGUUGAAGUGGGCCAAAUUCUCUUUACGAUCGCGUGUUCGUGGCUUUUCAUAAUAUUGCCUUAUAGUUGGCAUAUCGGAAAACAAGGACCCAGGACCUUAAGGCAGGACCGAGGACCAGGACCCAGGACCAGGACCCAGGACCGAGGACCAGGACCGAGGACCAGGACCGAGGACCAGGACCGAGGACCAGGACCCAGAACCGUAUAUGUUUUCGACGAUGCACUCACUGUUUCCUUUAUAAGAAUACCAAGUUAUAACAUUGCAUAACAUGAACAAUUGUCCAUAAAAUCCAAAAGUUUUACACAUCGAACAAAAGACUGCACAUCAUUGUAAGGGGGAAAUGAAUCUGAUUUUAUUUCUGAUAUUAUAUGUGAAAAACGAAAACUCGGGUAGCUCGGGAAUAUGUAAAUGUACGAUUAAACGAAAGCAACGCCUUGAAAUGUGAAAUAUUCUUAUUGGCCAUGCAAACCUGACGUGGUUGUUUUAGCAUAGAUGGCUAGCACAGCAAUUGCUAUUCUUUAGUAGGAUUGGGGUAUAUUUGAUGCACACUGCAAACCUUAUAUCUUUAGUAAGCCCACAUCAUUAAAAAGCCACCAAAGCAUAAGUAGUCUUAAUAUGUUUAAAUAGCAAGACAUUAGAACGUUUCUAUACUCUAGAAGCAGGAAUGGCUGCACUCCCUUUGGUAUGGUUUUCAUGAACCGCGGAGCAUAUUAAAGAGUGUGGGGGCUAAAACGUUUUUUUGGGGUGGGGCGCUAAGCAUGCUCAUAAUCAAGAACAUGGAUUUCUUUGGAUUUGAAAAAGGUUUACUAUUCCAUAAAAUGUUUCUACUCUGAAAAAUACCACUACAUCUUUCUGAAAGCGGUCUCCAUUUAAAUAAAAAGAAACUAGUGCAUCUGUAAACAUGGCCUAUUGAAAAUACUCGAGACAAAGAAGACCAAAAUUCUGUCCAGUGAAUAAAAUUCUCUCAAUCAAUACCACAGCUUCUUGUUAUUCACAUCAAUGUUAUUCACACCAUUCUUUCUUCCCCCAACGACUGUCACCUCCUCCCAAAAGUUUCCUUAAAAUCAAUAAUCAAUGUUUUUCUGAGCAUUGUUGAAUUGUCUGUUCCGAGUAGUAUAGUAAUUUGCUAAAUUUUAGUCUGGGAAAUGCAUUUUUAGCCUUAAUAGAAGGCUGAAUUUCAAAAAUUCCUUUCGCGUCGGACCCAACCAUGGUCGGUCCUCUUAUGUUACUAAAUUUGAUUCUAAGCCCCCCCCCCCUCCCAGUUUCAAUUUUCUGGUGCCGUCUCUGAAAAAUUUUUCAUGCCUCUGUCAUUUGCACCAUACCACACGGUAUACAGAUUUUUUAUCUUUACUUUCCUCCACAAUAUUAUACGUGUAUUUAUCUACCGAAACAGGUUGAAAAUCGGAUGUUGUAAUUUGAAACUUCAACGUCAAUUCCCCUUGAUUUUAGCUGCAAGAUGGGCAUCAAGCUGUUCAUUAUAAAUAAUUUCAAGACGCUUCUCCUCCUCUUCCCCGCCUCUCUCCGCCCCUUACUAUAAGCCACUACCCCCGGGAAAACGACUCGACUACACGAAAGGCAUCAAUUCAAUUCAAUGCAUCGACGAGUUGACAUUCGCCUCGACGAUGUAAUCCCUGU